AUAGAAUGGCAAAUAUGGCCACUUGGAGGUGAUCCGUCUUGUCUAUUUCAUGAGCAAAAGAGCCAAUUGGUGACCAUGUCGAAAUGAAAUAAAGAACCUUCAACAUAUAUACAAUACAAUAAUAAAAAAAAGCUAGAUCAUGGUUACCAAUUGCAACUUUCAAUAGCAAUUGUCAUACUACUAUAAAACCCUUCAUAUGUCCAGAUUCAUAGAGUAAAAACUCUUUCUCUUCGAUUCAAUUUCUUUUAUUUACUUUUUUUUUUUAUUCAAUUUCAAUAGAACAGAAAGAGUAAAAAAAAUAUAUAAGUAAGUAUAAUGAUGGAAGAAAUGUACUUAGAUUAUGUAUUAGUUCCAGCAGGAUUAUUAGUGCUGGGCAUAUACCAUAUUUGGCUUCUAUUUACCAUAAUUAGGCGUCCAACAACAACCGUCAUUGGUCUUAAUUCUUUCAGCCGUUACCAAUGGGUUCACCAUAUGAUGAAAGAACCAGGAAAAAACGGAGUAUUGGCAGUACAAACCAUACGAAACAACUUAAUGGCAUCAACACUAUUAGCAACAAUAGCAAUAACACUAAGUUCCCUAAUUAGUGCCGUAGUUAGCAGCUCAAACAAUUCUCUAAUUUUCACAAUCCACACAUCCAAAUACUUCUCAGUAUUAGUAUGUUUCCUUAUAGCCUUCUUCUGCAAUAUGCAGAGCACCCGAUACUACGCUCAUGUUAGUUUCUUGCUCAAUGUACCUUCGUACGAAUGCGAAGAUCGACAAGAGUUUAUCGAGUAUGUGGCCCAACAAUUGAACCGCGCUUGCUUAUUUUGGUCACUCGGCUUGCGGGCUUUUUACUUCUCUUUUCCUCUUCUUUUGUGGAUAUUUGGGGCUAUUGCUAUGUUGGGUUGUAGUUGUUUGAUGGCUGUUUUGCUAUAUUUCUUGGAUACUGCUAGCUCUUCUCCAAGGUUUCUUCAUAGUCGUGACUUGUUUGAGAAUAAGAAUCGUAUUGCUGAUAUUGAAUCCGCUGCUAAUUCUGUGCGAAGUAUUUGGUCAGAGGACUCGAGUAACCUACAGUGUUCGUUAUUGGAAGGCACUAAACCAAAUUCUAUUUCUGAUAUUGUAUUGCCUUCUGGUAGAUAAGAUUGAUGAUUACUAGAUAUUGUGCAACAAUUUCAUAUACUUUCUCCAUUUCUGAAAUACUCGUAUCCUAGUGAUAUAUUAUGCGAAAAAUGUCACUAUCAGUAGCAUGUAUAAUAAAGUGGAAAAAGUACUAGUAUAUGCAAAUCCAAUGAAGUAAAACUCCAACUAGUACAGUUUCCGAAGAUUGCCACAUUUCACAUUAGAAAUAUUUUUUAUUAAAAGGUAGGCCGAAGGAAUAGUAGUACUUGUUCUUCAACUGAGAUAAGAUAAAAUAUGAUUCUCAGAUGAAAUAAUUAGAUAACUGAGAUAAGGAAUAGUAGUACUUGUUCUUCAACUGAGAUAGUAUAUGUAUUUUUUUUAUCUUUAGUCACUAAUAAACAAUUUAUGCGAUCAUAAUUCAAAUUUUUCUUCCCUUAUAUUGGUGUAAAAAGUAUGCGAAAUUGUCAAUGAUAAACUGACUUUUUAUUGUUGAAAAUAAA